AAUGUUAAAUCGACUACCCAUAAAACUUUUACCAAACCCCCGUACUCAACCCUCAAAAAUCGAUAAAGGCAAAAUUUAUUAAAGGCCAAAAGAAGUAUUUUUCUCUUUAAAAACAAAAAGAACAGCCCAGCAAUAGAUUUUAAUUAUACCCUCGAACAAAGAUCGCAAAAUUGGGCGUAAGUACAGCGUGUAAUUGCAUUCAACUUUUAAUGAGAAGUUACGUGUUUGGGAACUGGAAACACGCUACCAGUAUUUGGAACUAAUUUUGCUAAAGCCUCAGUCGAAUCUGAGAAAACAUGAAGAGCACAUUGGGAGUUCAAAAAUUCAAAAACAAUAUUUUCGUUAAACCUUUGUAUAGAAAGUUGAGAAAUAAUAACAAAAUAAAGCCAAAUAAAGUUAUAAUUGAUCGCAGACUAAAUCUAGAUGGUCAUGGAAUUUGUGUCAAGAGAAAAGUAAUGAAUGCUACUAAUGGUGUAGCUGUUAGAAGAAAAUAUCUCAAUAAGGUUUCUAGUGGAUGUGGAUGGAGCGAAGAUAAAAAUAGAUUCGUUGAUACAAAAGUGUAUAAUGGAUUUAGUGGUUCCCGUAAUAUGUUAAGUGCUGUAGAAAAUAGGAAGCCUAAAAGGGAGGUAAAAGGUGUUGAAGAUAGAAGUAGUAAAUUGGUUCAAGCUGACGAUGAAUUUGUUGUGGUACAAAAUGUUUCGAAUGCAUGGUUGAGAUUGUACCCCCUUCCAAAACUCCCUGAGGAGUCUGUUACAUCUGUGAUCCUUCGAUGUGCUCUCUGCCAACUUGGGUUGUGCAGUAUGCUGGUGCUCUGGGCCGUUAUUUGGGUAUUCGUCAUACAUUCGUUUGAAGGUCCAUAUGAAAUGAAAGUGUAUAAGGAUUUUGAGAAAGAGCAGAAAUACCUCGUCGUCAGCCUGGCUACGGAACUGAGACAGAUAACCCCUCUAUCUCCAAAAUGGAGGACUGCAAUAGAGCGUCGGGUGCAGGAUGUGAGACAGCUCACCACGAAUGCCGUCAACCAAGGAGCUCACCUCCAGACUGGACAGUUCUGGGAUCUUUCUGGAACUUUCCUCUUCAGCAUCUAUGUGAUGACCGCUUUAGGGUUCGGCGCCCCGGUGCCCCAAACUACGUGGGGAAGGAGUUCCGCGCUGAUAUACGCCGUCUUCGCAGUACCUACCCAUCUGUACCUGAUGCUGAACGCCAGUUUGUGCCUCAUCGUACAUACAGAAAUUUAUUUUAAGAAGCUAAGACUCAAGACCCGAGGUCAACGACCUUUUUCCAUAGAGCGGACUAAUUCUCACUGUAAUACAGAAAGCCCAAACUGCAGUAGAAACUCUGAUGUGCUGAAGACACCAAAUGUAAUCACCAUUCGUUUGAAAAUAUUGCGUUGCCUCAGCGUGUUUGUAGCGUGUCGCAGCGUGCCGCUUAUGGCAAUACUAUACUACAUAUUUGGCGCGGCAGCCUUCGGUCUGGCGCGCGGUAGAACUUCGCUAGACAUCGCCUUGUUCCCGCUAGAGUUCACCACUAGCGGCGGAUUGGAACACGUAAGCGGCCACGUCCGUAUUCUAUACGGGUGUUACGUGGAAGGAGCGAUGUUGCUGCUCUCGUGCGGGCUGGCAGCAUUGCGGCGACACAGCAGCGCCGCUUUCAAAUGCAUGACUGAGAAGUACAGACUCUAUGACAGCAAAUGAAGUAGACACAUAAGUACAUAGGUAUUUUUAAUACUGCAAGUUGAGGACAGUCUAAUGGUGAACGGUAACCGAAGCUUAUGUACAGUCAAAGAACAAAAUUGCAACUAAUAAAGCUAGUAGAGUAGUAACGCGACAAUCGCCGCGUCAUGUGUCGCGGAAUGCUGCUCAUGAAUAUGAGACUCUAGCAUGGCUUGAAACUAGUCGAGUUCCUCGUCAAACAAAUACGUGAGUAAGCCGAUAACAUAAUAAUUAAUUUAGUAUGUCUCACGAAAGUUACAAUAAAAUUAUAGUAAAGCUUGAUGUUUUUAAAGACCACGACACACUAGUAAAUGUGGGUGUUUUUCCACCAGAGGUGUGCUAUGUAGUUAUGCUACGAAGAUGUUAUAGCUAACACAAUCGUUAGAACUCGAAAAGGGAUAUUUACCAUGUUUAUGUCUAUGAGUUUCCAAUAUUUCGGCACUGUUACAAGCGCUAUGAUCACGAAUGAACUAAUUAAAAUUCUCAAGUUCUAAUGAUAACGUCAUUAGAACCAUUUAGUAAGCACAAAAAGGGUUUUUUUCUUGUAAUGUCAUGUGAGGCUGUUAAGUUUAGUUAUCACAGUCAAUGUAUGUGUAUACUAGAAUAAAACAACACAAUAAAUAAUU